AUGCUGAAUGCACCCUCAACUCCUAGAAACCUCGAGAUGUCACCGAGAACAUCAAUAGGUGGCUGGGUUUCUUCAGAAGCACAACAUGGCUCGACAACGCAGACACAAGCUAGUACAACGGUAGAAACGCCACCAUCAGAAGAGGAAAUCAAUCUCAAACCGUGGAAGUUCAUCGGUUACAAGGGGUAUGCCGAGUUUAUAUCAUCCGACGACGACUGGUUCAUUCUUCGACGCUUCGGUACACUCAACAUCCGAGUCGCCCUCGCUUUACAAGACGAAGUGUCAGUUUUGGAGGAGAAGCUAAAGAAACUAGACGCAACCUAUAGCCAACGUGGAGCACCGGACCGACACAAUGGAAGACUUCGAGGGGAUGUAGAAGAACGAAGAGCCUUGAUUGAACUGCUUUCAGACAAACUCUACAAGUAUACACAAGAAGAACAAGAAUAUCUACAGCAUGGAAAGGACCUCAUCUGUGUGGCCCAGAAAGACAAGACGCCCUUGCGCCGUCUCAUCGAUUCUUCGUUAACCAUCCGGACGUUGCCAAUCUGGAGACACAAGGACAAGGCGGUGCCAAACUAUGACGCCGAACACGUCUCUUACUACUCGGAUAGCCGCAUGGACAAGUUUGCCUCUGCUGUGAUCGCUAUCAUUGGUGUCGUCAUGCUCAUCACGCCCAUCUGGGUCCUCCAGGCCAUGGACGGGCUGAAAGCGAAAUUGGGAGUCAUCACGGCGUUCGUGCUCAUAUUUCUCCUGACACUGUCAUUUGCAAUGGCUUCGAAGCCCUUCGAAGCCCUUGGAGCGACAGCGGCAUACGCGGCAGUGUUGAUGGUGUUCACCCAACUGGGGACCCCGGACCGAUGA